AAGAUGGACCUCGGAGCGAGAGGAGGUGCCGGGCAGGGGGACCCGACCCAUCCCAUCAAUCCCAUCCCACCCCAUCCCGUCCCGCCUGCUCCCGCCGUGCCAUCCGGAGCGGGCUCAGAGUCCGGCCAGGCGAGCCCCAGCAUGGCACAGCCUCCCGGGCUCUGCUUGCUGCUCCUGCUGGGGCUGGGCGCUGGGGGCUCGCCCGCCUGCUACGACCCCCGGGGCCACCCCCGCCGCUGCAUGCCUGUCUUCGAGAACGCUGCCUUCGGCCGGGCUGUCCAUGCCACCAACACCUGCGGGUCCCCCCCUGAGGACUACUGCCUGCAGAUGGGUGCCCGCCACGCCAGCACCCUGUGCCACCGCUGCGAUGCCAGCCACCCCCGGCUCCACCACAACGCCUCCUUCCUCACCGACUUCCACAGCCAGGAGGAGAGCACUUGGUGGCAGAGCCAGUCCAUGGCCUUCGGCAUCCAGCACCCCAACUCCGUCAACAUCACUCUCCACCUCGGCAAAGCCUACGAGAUCACCUACGUGAGGCUCAAGUUCCACACCAGCCGGCCCGAGAGCUUCGCCAUCUACAAGCGCAGCCGCGCCGGGGGGCCCUGGGUGCCCUUCCAGUUCUACAGUGCCUCCUGCCAGAAGACCUACGGCAGAGCCCAGCGCCACUUCCUGCGCCCGGGGGAGGACGAGCAGGUGGCCUUCUGCACCGACGAGUUCAGUGACAUCUCCCCCCUGAGCGGGGGCAACGUAGCCUUCUCCACCCUGGAGGGCCGCCCCAGCGCCUACAACUUCGACGCCAGCCCUGCGCUGCAGGAGUGGGUGACUGUCACCGACCUGCUCAUCUCCUUGAACCGCCUCAACACCUUUGGUGAUGACAUCUUCAAGGACCCCAAGGUGCUGCAGUCCUACUACUACGCCAUCUCUGACUUCUCUGUCGGUGGCAGGUGCAAGUGCAAUGGCCACGCCAGCGAGUGCGCGCCGGGCGAGGCCGGGCAGCUGGCCUGCGUGUGCCAGCACAACACGGCUGGCACCGACUGCGAGCGCUGCCAGCCCUUCCACCAGGACCGGCCCUGGGCUCGGGGCACGGCCCAGGCUCCCAACGAGUGUCUCCCCUGCAACUGCAGCGGCCGCUCCGAAGAGUGCUUCUACGACCGGGAGCUGUAUCGCCGCACCGGGCACGGGGGCCACUGUCUCAACUGUCGCGACAACACUGCCGGCCCCCACUGCGAGCGCUGCCGGCAGAACCACUACCGCUGGGAGCAGCGGGCAGCCUGCCAGCCCUGCCACUGCCACCCAGCAGGCUCUCUGCAGCCCCAGUGUGACAGCUCGGGGACCUGCCUGUGCAAAGCCAACGUGACCGGCUGGAAGUGCGAGCGCUGCAAGGAUGGCUACCACAGCCUGAGCCAGGGGGGCUGCAGACCCUGCAGCUGUGACCCCGCGGGCAGCCUGGGCACCUGUGACCCCAACACAGGGCACUGCACCUGCAAGGAGAGGGUGGAGGGACACCUGUGCAACAGGUGCCAGCCAGGCUGGUUUAACCUGCAGCCCCACAACCCUGCUGGCUGCACCAGCUGCUUCUGCUAUGGCCACUCCAGCGCCUGCAGGGUGGCAGAUGGCUACGAGGUGACACACAUCCACUCAGACUUCAGCCAAGGGCUGGAGGGCUGGGCUGCCAUGGCUCCGGGCUCCAGGGAGCUGCCUCUGCGCUGGGCUGCUGGGGAGGUCAUCGCCGAGUGGGAUGGAGAGGAGCUGGUGGAGUUUCUUGCACCAGAGAAGUUUCUGCAGAACCAGAGGCUCAGUUAUGGGCAGGUCCUGUCCCUGCUGCUAGGAGUGGAGGGGAGCAGGGUGGAGACGGAGAUGCCCCUGCUCCAGGUCCAGCUGGUGCUGGAGGGUGAGGGGAUGGAGAUCACCAUGACCAGCAGAGAGAGCCAGCCUCAGGACAGCAAGCUGGCUGUCACCUUCAGGCUGCAGGAGGCAGAGGAGGGUGUGGAGCCUUCAUUCUCAGCCUUCAGCUUCCAGCGCCUGCUCUCCAACCUGACCUCCCUCCGCCUCCGUGUGAGCUGCGGUCCUGUGCCAGGCAGGCUGUCCCUGAGCCAGGUCCAGCUCACAUCUGCUCGCCCUGGGCCAGGAGCACGGGCAGGAUGGGUGGAGGAGUGCAAAUGUCCCCCGGGGUACACCGGGCACUUCUGCCAGUCCUGUGCACCUGGCUUCACACGGGAGAUCCCCUUUGGUGGUCCCUUCAUCAGCUGUGUGCCCUGUGCCUGCAACCAGCAUGGGGACUGUCACCCCAUCACAGGGCACUGCCAGUGCCUGCACAACACAGAAGGUCCCUCCUGUGAGCGCUGCAGCCCCGGGUUCUAUGGCAACCCCUUCGCAGGGCACCUGGAUGACUGCAAGCCCUGCCCCUGCCCCGGCCGCUCGCCCUGCACCGAGAUGCCCGGCAGCGGGGAAGUGGUCUGCACCCACUGCCCCCCGGGACAGCGAGGCAAACGCUGCGAGCUCUGUGACGAUGGCUUUUUCGGGGACCCCCUGGGGCAGAGGGGUCCCGCUCGUCCCUGCGUGCCCUGCCAGUGCCACGGCAACGUGGAUCCCAACGCCGUGGGGAACUGUGACCCCGUGUCCGGCCGCUGCCUGCGCUGCCUGCACCACACCGCGGGGGAGCACUGCGAGCGCUGCCGCCCUGGCUUCUACGGGGACGCUCUGGCUCCUGCCGCCGCCGGGAAGUGUGCCCCUUGUGAUUGCAAUCCCAACGGCUCAGCUCCGGGGCUGGAGGGCUGUGACCCUGGCACGGGCCAGUGCCACUGCCUCCCACACGUGAUGGGCAGAACCUGUGGGCUCUGCCAGCCUGGCUACUAUGGCCUGCAGCCUGCUGUGGGGUGCCAGAGCUGUGAGUGCCACCCAACAGGGUCACGGGAGCCAGAGUGCCACGCAGUGACAGGGCAGUGCUCCUGCCAGCCAGGAGUCACAGGGAGGCAAUGUGACCGAUGCCACCACAGCUUCUUCGGCUUCUCAGCCAGGGGUUGCCGAGCCUGCAACUGCUCCCCGCUGGGCUCCAUCACCCUGCAGUGCCACGAGAACAGCACCUGCCUCUGCCACCCUGGUUUUGUGGGCUACAAGUGUGACCAGUGCCAGGCCAACUUCUUCCUCGACCCACUGAGCUCCCGCUGCCAGCAGUGUCCUGCCUGCUACGGGCUGGUGAAGGAUGAGGCUGCCCAGCUGAAGGUCAGGCUGCAGCAGAUGGAGGAGUGGCUGCACAAACCAGGCUGUGAUGCCCACAUGCUGGGAGAUGUGCCCCGGGGAGAUGCACUGCCCAGCCCUCACCUCCUGCAAGGUGCCCGGGCUGCCCUUCUGGCACAGGUAGGGUGGCUGGCAGAGGCGCUGGGCAGUGCACGGAGCCAUCUCAGCAAUGCCAGCCGGGCCAGCAGCUGCUCUGCUCACGGACCCAGCAAGACCUGUGCCCUGCUGGGGGAGGUGGGGGCCACGCUGCAGUCGGCACAGCAGCAGCUCCUGCAGGCUGCGGACACCUUGGCUACCAUGGAGAUUCCCCAGGAAAUCCCUCGGCAGCACACGAACUGGAGCCGCCGGGCACUGGAGGCACGGGAGCUGGCAGAGAGCCACGAGGGCACCGUGGCACGGGUGGAGGCAGUGGUGGGGAGAGCUCUGCGUACCUCCAGUGCCAGCUGCCAGCUCCUGCAGAGCCUGCUGGAGGGCAAUGCCACGGGGGACGCGCAGCGAGAGCUGGAGGCUGGGUAUGAGGAAGUGCAGCGGGCACAGGAGGAGCUGGGUGCUGGCAUGGUGGAGGUGGCAGCAGAGGCCAGGAGAGCUCUCACAGCUGUGCUGCAGGAAAACGCAGACAUGGCCAAGAAACUUCUGCAGGUGACUGCUCAGGGGCAGCAGGCACUGCCAAUACAGGCUGGAGCCCUGGCACAGGACCUGGCAGCUCUGGAGCUGGCAGUGGAUGCACAGGAGCCAUCAGCUCGGGAGGCUGUGGAGCUGUCCCAGGCUCUGGCAGCCAGGCUGGGGCAGGAGCUGCAGAGGACUUGUGGCUUCCAGCAGCUGCAGGACCGGGCUGGCUCUGCCCACGGCACGGCCACCCUGGCUGUCUCACGUGGCAAAGCUGUGCUCUCCCACACGGAGUCCCUCCUGAGCAGCUUGGAAGGCAUGAGGAAGGUGCUGGGCCCUCGGAAGAGCCAGGCUGCCCUGAGCAGGAGGAUGGCACUUGUACGGAACAGGGCAGUGGUGGAGGCCCAGAGGAAGAUCAAACAGGCAGAGAGGACACUGGGAAACUCCUUGUCCAUCUCCACUGCAGCCCGGAGGGCAGCCAGGGAGGCUGAGCAAGUCUCAGGGGAGACCACCAAGAGGGCACAGGCUGUGCUGCAGCAGAGCAAGCAGGGCCACAGGCACGCCCGCCAGCUGGCCACCCGUGCCAACGACACCCAGCAGGAGCUCUCCCGGCAGCAGAGCGUGGCUGAGCAGCUCAGGAGGGACCUGGGAGAAGCCCACCAGGUGGGGACAGAGGUGAGUGAGGUGGCAAAAAGCCUCCAGCAAGCCCGGGGGUCGCUCAGCUCAGACAUCGAGACCCUGAACAACCUGCUGAGCAGCCUAGGGAAGCUGGAGCAGUCGGCGCAGGCAGAGGCUGUGCUGAACGCUGGGCAGCUGGAGCUGGCACGGCUGUGGCAGCGCCUGGGCAGCCCGGGAGCCCUGUCUGGGCAGCUCAGCCUGCUGCAGGAGGAAGCAGAGAGGCAGCAGGAGAAGAUCCAAGCAGUUGAGAGAGACUUGGCUGAGAUCAGGGCCGACAAGAAGAACCUGGAGGACAUUCUGCAGAGCCUCCCCGAGGGCUGCUCCAAGUGGCAGUGAGGGAUCCGUGGCUGCUGCCCCAUCAGCUCCGUGCAGAGGGAGAGCAGAGUGAAGGACACCCCACGCCCGCCAGCACCAUGCCCACCAGCACCUGCUGCUCCUCACGCUGGCCUCCACACGGUACCACUCCCCAGGUCCUCAUCCACACCAGUUCAGGCUCAGCAUCCCAGCGCUGUGCAGCCUGACCACCAGCAGCGUCCCCAGAGGGGACAAUCAGCUUCCGAGGGCUGCUGCGGCACAGGAGAUUGAGCUCACAGGGCGGCGCUCCCCCCGUGGAGGGAGGGAAGAACCAACACAGAUCUCUGCACCACCUCCCUCCAUCCCUCCUUCCCCACCGCAGCGGGGAGUGACAGCUCACCCAGCCUGUCACCUACCGAGGCUGGGACCCCCGCAGGACCCUCCUGCCCCAGGAGGAGGUGGCAGAGGUCAUCACACACGUGCUGGAAGCUGGUCCUGCUGCACAGCACCUGGCAUGUGGUCACAGGUGAGCUCUGGUGAGCCAGGCUGGGCCAGGAGCUCAAGGAGGCCAUGGAGCUUGCCUGCUUCCCAGGGAAGGGAGCUCCCAGCAGGGAAGGCCAAACCGGGGACAAGCAGGAUCUCUGCUCCUGCUGCUCCCCUCCUCCAGGGCACUGCAAGGUCAUUGCUGCCCACAGCUCUGCUCUUGGCAACCUGUCCCAUGGCUCACUGGAUGUCACCAGCCCAAUUGCUGGCAGUUCCAAGGGCUGGGUGGCACAGCAGUGCAGCAGGCAGGGAGGUGGGAGAGAUGACACUUGCAGUGGCCUCACCCACAGCCUGGCAGCAGCACCCACACACCCUCCCCACUGGAGAGGAACUGGCUGGCAGCACCAGGCUGGGCAGCUGGGAGCAGCUGGACAGGGCCAGCUCCUGCCAGUGUCACUCCCACUGGUGGCAGAGGUCGGUGGCUGCAUGGCCUUUAAAGGAAAGGCAUGUGCCUGCCACCCGUGCUCCCACGGGAGCCACGCAGGCAGCAGAGCCAGCUCCUUGCCCAGCCCCUCCUGUGCUGUGACUCCAGGUAGCAGCUGAGGCCACUCCUGUAGGACCAGAAAUGAAUCCCCAGGCUGGAGCCCAAGGACCAUCUUAAAGGAGCUCUCCUCUGCCUGCCCAGUGCCAGCUCUGCAGGAGCUAAGCCCCACAGCAGCGAGUGGGCACCAGAAUUCGGGCAGGGGAUCACAGCCCCUGCCCCCCUCAUGUCUCCAGUCAACAUUCAGACCUGCUGCUGCUGCUACAGAAAUGCCAACCCUCUGCUUUAUGCCCACUGCUGCUGAAGAUGUGGCUCAUCCUCCCUGCUCCUGCUCCUCCCUGACCUCUGUUGGUGUUUCCAGCUGGUGCCACCUGCCCAGAGCUGUAACCAUUAAAUAGUCCCCACGGCA